GACACCAAUCCAAUACCGUCGAAAUGGCCCGCCGUCCAGCACGUUGCUACCGCUACUGCAAGAACAAGCCAUAUCCAAAGUCGCGAUUCAACCGUGGUGUGCCCGACCCAAAGAUCCGCAUCUUCGACUUGGGCCGUAAGCGUGCGAAUGUCGACGAGUUCCCAACUUGCAUCCACUUGGUCUCCAACGAGUAUGAGCAGUUGAGCUCCGAGGCCCUCGAGGCCGCCCGUAUCUGCGCCAACAAGUACAUGGUCAAGACCGCUGGAAAGGAAGGUUUCCACCUCCGCGUCCGCGCUCACCCAUACCACGUCGUCCGCAUCAACAAGAUGUUGUCGUGCGCUGGUGCCGAUAGAUUGCAGACUGGAAUGCGUGGCGCUUUCGGCAAGCCAAACGGCACUGUCGCUCGUGUCAACAUUGGCCAGAUUCUGCUCUCCAUCCGUACUCGUGACUCUCACCGCGCCACCGCCAUCGAGGCUCUCCGCCGAUCGCAGUACAAGUUCCCAGGUCGCCAAAAGAUCAUCGUCUCCAAGAAGUGGGGCUUCACUCCUCUCAACCGUGAGGAAUACAUCGAGAAGCGCAAGGCUGGUGCCGUCCGUGUCGACGGUGCUUACGUUCAGUUCCUCAGCAAGCACGGCCCGAUCGAGCACAACAUGAAGCGAUUCCCAGACGCUUUCUCCGCUGAGGCAUAAGCGUGAGGAGGGUUGGGGAUUUUCGUUUCACGUUUGACAUGAGGCAUGGCAGAUGGGAGAUAUCACGACUGAAAAUUACGGUCGUCUCUAGAGCAGAGGCAUGGCGUUGAACUGCUUUGGGUCUAUAUCCUGCUGUAUGGAAAUGGUGAUGUCUGAAAGUCAAGUGCUCCGUCUCUGAAUUCCUCGUGUUAAGCAUCAUCACAUCAUUUGCAUUGAUCUGACCCUACCAACC